AUGGCGGAAGGUGGUUCAAAAGUACACCCUGUUGUACCUGAGGCGUUGCAGUGGGAAAUCCUGAGAUGGGUUCCGGUCAAAUCUCUGUUGCGAUUCAAAUGUGUCUCCGUGGCCAGGAAUUCAAUGAUUACAAACCCAUCUUUCGCCGCCAUCUACGGCGGCGGCUCUCGUGGUCUAAUAACCCUAAAACCCCCUCGAUGGGGUCUCUCCCACUGCAAUUCCUUCUACUUCUCCUCCAUGGAUAUUGAUGAUGACCACGCCGCCGGAAAACCCAUCUGUCAAUUCUCUCAUUACUCCACCGUCAAUCACCACAACCACCAGGACGGAAGGCGGGCCACAAACGUCGUUGACGGCCUGAUCUGUUUUUACCUCCGGAACAAUUCAUGGUUGUACAACGUUGCCACCCGCGCGCAACUCCCGAGCUUUUCAGGUUCGGAGUGCUGGCCCUACGGGGAACUCGAAACUGCGCCUGGGGAGAUGGAUUUAUAUGACAAUGGUCGGUGCGUUUACUCAGAUGGAUUUCUUUACUGGUUUGAAGACCAAGACGAGUUACCUGAGCGUUUGGUUGCGUUUGAUCUUGCUCAGGAGGAGUUCCAGCUCAUUCCCUUACCUACAGGGGAUCCUCAUAGUAAUUGUGUAUUUUAUCUUCCUGAUUUUGGGCGUCCGGCGAUAAUGUAUCAGAAAACUGGCAUCUUUGGAUUGAGGCAGAAAUCGGUUUACAGUUACUGGAAGGUGGAUGCUGAUCAAGGGAGGAUUUCGGUUAAGGAAGAAUCAUUCCUUCUACCGUCACGGGCAUCAUCCUUUGCUCCUCUUUGCUUUGGUGGAAUACUUCCUAAUGGAAAAGUGCUAACAUCUGUCUCGGAUUCUUUUUAUUUGUUUGAUCCAAGCAAGAGGGAGAAUCAGGACAUUGGGAUUAAGAAAGAUGAAUCUUUUGGCAGUGUUUUCGGGCAUCGAGGUUCCUUUUUGUCUCUGUUUCUUAGGCAAUAUUACAAGGAGAAUAUAAUCUCGUUGAGGUGUUUGACUUCCACGUCAAAAUGA